AUGCCGCCUUCCCAGCAAUCCCGACAACCCACGGAUGAGGAUUAUAACCUCACCAGUGCGGACCGUCUGGUGCUCCUUCAGGAACUGGAACAGUUACUGGGAGAUAUCCCACAGCAUUUUCUGGGCCGCCUCGAAUCAAACUGUAAAAGAGCUAGCUUCAGCUUCAGUUUCGGCUUCAUCGACACCACAGUCAUCUCCCGUCGCAGGACCUUCAUCAUCUCCACCACAGCAGUCAGUGCAUACACCACCGGCGAAGCGCCAAAAGAAAUCUGUCCCUCGGUCCCGAUCAGCAAGCGAGAAGUAUUCGAUGUGUUAUAUGCCUCGAAUGAUGCCCUGCGUCCGAUUUCAACAGCGACCAACGCCGCAGGUUUGGCAAUGUCACGUUGCAACUACUGCCUUUCUACUCGUGACUAUGACCUGUGCGGCUUGUUUAAGCACGCACAGUACUUCUCGAAGUCGCAACGCCGAAACAACAACCACCAGCCGUGGUGUCUUGACUGUAUGGCUUGGCGGGAGCGUGUGGACGAGAACGUGAGACGAGGUCUGCCGCCGCCUCCCCGCCCAGGCGAGGUUCUCCAAGGAGAGGAAGCCGAGAUGCAGAGACGCUUGCGGGGGAUUUUGGCGCCGUUUGAGGGCUCGGAUGAGGACGAGGAUGAGGAUGCUAGCCCUUUUGUGCCUUACCAGGAGCCGUACCAGUAG